AUGAAUAGCGUUGGAUUAGCAACUGUUUAUCAAAUUCAUCAAAGUCAUUUACAUAUUCAUCCAUUAACAAUAAAUCAUAAUACACAUAUUAAUCAAUUAAGAAAACGAGAUCAUCAAUUAUUAAAAACGACACUUCUCUAUACUACAUUUACACAAGGUAUUAGUAAAAGUGAUUUUCAAUUAGCAAUUGAAAAUAUUCUUGCACAAAUAAUGAGAAUGCUUGUCUUUAUUAAUAGUAGUGCGAGUUUAUAUGCAUUUCUUGCUAGCGGACAUGAAUUCGAUCAUUUUAUAGUUAAAAUCAUUACAUACUUAUUUGGUAAAAAUACUCGAUUUUACAGAUGCGCUCAGAUCCUCUUUGGAGAUUUAUCAAUACAUCAACUACAUAACAUGAAUCAAGCAAUAGCUAUGCAUCGUAGUAUGAAAACUUAG